CCGCCAGUCCCGCCAGUCAGAGUCGAUCUCGGUGCCUCUGCCCAACAUCGAGCAGUCGCCAUCGUUGGUUUCUCUGACUCAAUCGUUUACUAACGGAAUGCCAUCGGGUCAUUCAGUUGCCAGCUGCAUCAGCGCCUUUCUCUCGCCGUCUGGUUCCCACCAAACUCUCCGGCGACCUUCCCUAUACUGUUUAGCGUGGCCAGGUUUUGCCACGCCAGAUGAGGUGCGAACCAGGAACAAACAGCCAUGGCCAGGAAAGGCGACUCAUCCAAUCUGCCCACUUGCUGGUCAACGGUUCGCCAAUGGGAAGAUUUCCGGGCAGGGGAGCAGCCGAAGAAUUAAGAAAAGCACGAGGGGAACGGCGUGCGCCGUAGGAAGGGGAAAAACCUCCACUGCGGAGCUAACCAGCCGCUAAAGACCCUGCAGUUCCAGAAGGCCUUUUCGACUUCCCCCCGAGCAUGUACUCUCGCAUCGGGCAUGUCUGCAUCCAGUCUCAGGCCGGGGCUCAGAGAGGUGACAGUGUGCUCGCUUUCGGUUUUUGAUAGACUUUGAAUCCAGCAGUCCUUGGAUAUACACUCGGU